AUGGCUGCCACCAUCCUCAGACGCGCUUCCUCCAGUCAUCUGGGAUGGAGGGCCUUCUCCGCAAAGGCCGUGACGGGCACCUCUCUGCCCAAGCAAUGGUACAACAUCCAGGCAGACUUGCCGGUGCCUUUGCCUCCCCCCCUGCAUCCUGGGGAGUUACGGCCAUGUACUGCAGAGGAUUUCGCUCCACUCUUCCCCGCUUCCCUCAUUGAGCAGGAGGUCUCCACGGAGAGACACCUGGACAUCCCUGAGGAAGUGAGGGAGGUGCUGAGCUUGUGGCGCCCAACGCCCCUGAUACGGGCAUCCCGCUGGGAGAAGCUCUUGGGACUACCCGAGAACGUCAAGAUCUUCUACAAGUACGAAGGUGGUUCGCCCUCUGGCUCCCACAAGACGAACACUGCCGUCCCCCAGGUGUACUACAACAAGCUCGCAGGGACCAAGAAGAUUACGACGGAGACUGGGGCGGGACAGUGGGGAUCAGCCCUGGCUUGGUCUGGAUGUCAGUUUGGUCUCCCGAUCGAGGUCUACCAAGUCAAGGUGUCUUACGAGCAGAAGCCCUACCGAAAGGCUUUCAUCGAAGCCUGCGGCGCGGAGAUUUUCCCCUCGCCCUCCACCAAGACCGCAGUGGGCGCCAAGGCCCUGGAGGAGGAUCCCCAAUGCCCAGGAUCCUUGGGCAUCGCGAUCUCUGAGGCCAUCGAGGCAUGCGUCUCCUCGGCGGGUGAGGCCAAGUACGCCCUGGGGUCGGUGCUGUCCCACGUGCUCAUGCACCAAAGUGUCAUCGGCCAAGAGGCCCUGGAGCAGCUGAAGCUCUUUGGGGAAUACCCGGAUGUUGUGGUCGGCUGCACUGGUGGGGGCAGCAACUUUGCUGGCAUCGCCUUUCCCUUCCUUGGCCAGAAGCUUCGCCUCGAGGCCGCGAAGCCGAACGUCCGCUUCCUGGCCGUGGAGCCGACGGCGUGUCCCUCACUCACGCGCGGGGCGUACGCCUAUGAUUUCGGAGACACUGCCAAGCUGACUCCCCUCUUGAAGGCUCACACACUCGGCUCUGGCUUCAUGCCGCCAUCCGUGCAUUCUGGCGGGCUGAGAUAUCACUCCAUGGCCCCGGUCAUCUCCCACCUCAAGGAGUUGGGAACCAUCGAGGCGCAAGCCGUGCAACAGACAGCUGCCUUUGACGCGGGAUCGUCCUUCUUCCGAGCUGAGGGGAUUCUACCUGCGCCCGAAGCCACCCAUGCAAUUGAAGGCGCUCUUCAAGAAGCACGGCAGGCAGCUGCUGCGGGCGAGCCGCGGGUGAUCCUGUUUAACAUGUGCGGGCAUGGACAUUUCGACAUGUUUGCCUGGGAGAAGUACGCAAAGGGAGAGAUGGAAGAUUUCGCUUUUCCGGAGGAGGAGCUGAAGGAAGCUCUGAAGAACGUUCCUGGUUUGAAUGGCGUGGACUGGCCCCGUAGUGCAUAG